GGGGCUUGUGAUCACAGUCUGCAGUGGGUCAUUUGCAACUUGCAGUUGCAUUCCUAGGGCUGCCUGGGCGAUAGACUCUCAGCAACAGCUGGUAUGUUGCAAGGGGUGCUGGUGGCGAAGUACAGCUCCACGCUUGCUGUCUGUCCAGAGGACCAGAGAAAUGGGCUUCCAGGCUGCCUGCUGGUUCGUGCUGCUGCUUUGCACAGGAGGGUCACUCAGCAAACCCACUCUCAGGAAGGAGAGGGUCGUUCAUCCAGACCCUCAGCUCAGCGAUCAGCUGCACGAAGAUAACCAAAGCUUCCAGUAUGACCACGAGGCUUUUCUGGGCAAGGAGGAAGCCAAGACUUUCGAUCAGCUCACCCCAGAAGAAAGCAAAGAGAAACUAGGGAAAAUUGUUGAUAGAAUAGACGAUAACAAUGAUGGCUACGUCACAACAGAGGAAUUGAAAAACUGGAUUAAGCGAGUGCAGAAACGCUACAUCUAUGAAAAUGUGGCUAAAGUCUGGAGAGAUUAUGACCUAAACAAGGAUAACAAAAUAUCCUGGGAAGAAUACAAACAAGCCACGUAUGGUUAUUAUCUAGAAAAUCCAGAAGAAUUUCAAGAUGCGACUGAUCAACACAGUUUUAAAAAAAUGCUGCCCAGGGAUGAAAGGCGAUUCAAAACUGCAGACCUAGAUGGAGACUCAGCUGCCACUCGUGAGGAGUUCACUGCCUUUCUUCAUCCGGAGGAGUUUGAGCAUAUGAAAGACAUUGUCGUCUUAGAAACAUUGGAGGACAUAGACAAAAACGAGGAUGGUUUUGUGGAUCAAGACGAAUACAUUGCUGAUAUGUUUGCACAUGAGGAAGGUGGACCAGAACCUGACUGGGUAAUUACUGAACGUGAGCAGUUUUCUGAUUUUCGGGAUAUAAACAAGGAUGGGAAGAUGGAUAAAGAGGAGAUUCGGCACUGGAUUCUCCCACAAGACUAUGAUCACGCACAAGCUGAAGCUAGGCACUUAGUCUAUGAAUCGGAUGUAGACAAGGAUCAAAAGUUAACCAAAGAGGAGAUUCUAGAGAACUGGAACAUGUUUGUUGGCAGCCAAGCUACCAAUUAUGGGGAAGAUCUCACAAAAAAUCAUGAUGAACUAUGAUAUUUUUUACGACUCAGUGUGGCACAGACUGUUCAGUUUCUCACCACGUUAAUGAAGUCACUGUGGUUUUUUCUGGCUGAAUAACUUACACCAAUAUGUUUUUAACAAAGCAGCUUAUUACCUCAGAAACGGGGUAGAAAUAGCCUCUAACUCUGCACCCUUAAAUGCAAGAGCUAGUCACUACAAUUUUAUUUUAAGAACCCCCUCACUGUUCUGAAUCGAUUGCAGUAUCACUUUGGGAAUGAACUUCUAAGAUUUAGUUCUUAGGGCUCAUUAGAAGUUUUUCACAUUUUCUUUAAAUACCUUUGUUUUUCCUGUAGGGAAAUGCAGUUUUGAUCAGGAAGCAACUUAUUGAAUGUUUAAACAGAUUCUGAGUUUAGUAUUGUGUUGUUUUUUUAAAAAAUAGUAACUAAGAAUUUAGAACUGUAUUCUCCCUUUCCCAUGUAAAGGAGAGAUCUUACCUGAUAAGAGCCAUGGCCUUUUUUCCUCCAUGCUGUAGUCUUUCCUCCUGGUUGGGUCCAGAGGUGCUGAAUGAAUAAGACCUCUUGGAAUACAGACAUGUGCACCAGCCCUAUGGAUCGUAACCACUUGAGUGCAACACCUACAACUAAUCACUGCCCCCAGUUCCCUUUCACUAAUCAGUAGCAGCACAUCUGUCACACUGGCUGUCACCCCACAGUUGUUUUUUGAUGAGGACAAUAGAGUCCAUGCUGACCAUUACUACUACAGAGGUAAUAUAGGAUCAUUGACAAGAAUUAUGGCACAUGGACCUUUGUUUCCAACUCAUCCCACGCUUUGUACAAGAGACACACUCCACUUUUACUAUGUAGGGCCUUUGCUGACUCAUUCAUGUCAUGUGGAAAAGAAAUGAGCAUCUACCCUCUGGACCCUUCUUGAGCUUCUGGGCCUUCUGUUCUCCUCUGUGCUGCAUCAGGGAUGCAUGUGGUUUAAAGUGCUGGUUUGUAUAUAUACACACACACAUUUAUAUCACCAAGUUGUACCAUAGGUGGAUGAUUUUCCUUCAGAAUAGUAAAACUUCCAUAUGGCUGCAUUUUUUUACUGGAUAAUAUAAGCUGUUCUUUUUUAUGUACACUGUGGGUUUUUUAGCCCCUGUACUGAGUUGACAACAUGCACAACAAAACCAUGACUUUCUUUUUGAUACUAUGAAGGUGCAGAAAUGUUAAUAGAGGAGUCGUGGGAGGGGGAAGUAAAGACAGGAACCAACGGCAAGCUUUUAAACUGUAGCUCCAAAACUGUGGUCUCCAGAACACAGGUAGUCCAUGAAGCACUUGCUGGUAGCCCACAGAGAGCUGGCUGGGGACAUGCCAUGGUUCCUUCUUGUUUCCAGCUGAUAAUGUAUUUUUUAGCUUCCUUUAGUGUGAUUUAUGUUCCAUGUAAACAAUUGCUAUAUUUACCAGUAGGCUGUAAUUGGCAGGGGAGGCAUCCACAAGACAUUUCCUCUAGGAUGUGUGCUCCGUGUUUUGAAAAAAGCUUGAGAACCCAAUUUUAAACACUGAGCAGGGUCAUUCUGCUGGUGACUCCACAUUUGGGGAUAUUAUUUUUGGAUGCAAAUUAAUUUCAAGGCCAACUAAAAAAUUAAAAAGUGAUCAUCUAAGCCAGAGGGAAAGAAUCCUUAAAAAUACAUUUCUGCUUUGAAAAGUGACUAAUAGUGACUGUGUAAAAAUGGUACCUUUUUACUCAAUGGUGUAUACACCUUGUUCUGAUCCUCUACAUGUGGUUGAAUUUCUCCCCAUGUGCAUAUUCUGAAUUAUAUCUGCGGAGUUAAAACAACAGAAAAUUUGUGCUCCUUUUUACUCCAGUUGGCAAUGCAGAAUCAAUGCAGCUAUGGGAGAAUGAGCUGGAGUCUGUUCUGAUGUAUGAAUUAUCAUUCAACAGAAUUGUCAACUAAGUUCCAACUGUAGGCUCAAAUUCUUUCUUCGGCUAUAACCAUGCAACUCCAAGGUAUUCAAGGCAGGCACGGGGAUCACUGGGUGUGUAAUCUGCCUUGCAUAGUCAUACACUGGUAAUAAUACAGUGAGCCAGAAAGAACACAGCUUUUAUCUCUGACAGAUCAUGUGUGUGUUUUCUGUUUGGUUGGGUUUUUUUGUAAACUGAGCAGAUUUGUUCUGGAAAUUGCUGAAAAGGCAACCCUGGAACCACCUCUUCCAUAAACAAUGUCAUUUUUACAGGGUCACUUUUCAGAGAACAAGUGCACUUUAGGUCAUCCUCUGUUUCAAUUCAAACUAGAUUCCAUCUAGUUUCGGCUGGUAUAGAUAAUCCUGAUAACAUGUUGUAGCUUCUUGGUUUCUGCCUUACUAUGACAUUGCCUAAAAUGUCUGCUAAAACCCCUGCUUCUUACACUAAAAUGCAGUAGGACAAAAUGUGAUAAGCCAUAAGCUAACACUUUUGUCUCUGCUCUUCCAGUACCCAUGAGUCACAGUGAUGCUUCCAUGCAAUGUUAUCUGUGAAACAAUAAACCUGUGUCCUGGCACAGAAUCAGAAUUUCUCUGCAGUGUAAGUUUAUUAUUUGACUUUGGAGCCACAUUACUGCAUACUUCAUUCGUCAUAAACAUCUCUGGGAGUGUUCAUCUUGAAUAGUGGUUUCAUAUUGAGAUUUAUUUUUUUUAAAAAAUCUUGGAAUGCUUCCCACACACAGAUAGGAGAUGCAGUAGAAUUGGCAUGUGCUAAAUGUUUCAGACAAAAUGCUCUUUAAAAAACAACCAACCAACCACAAACUCAAAGGCGGGCUGGGGGCUGAAACAGGAGGCAUCAAUGUCUUCAUCCAAACAUGAUACUGCUGAAUCUACCAUAUUCUGUUUAUACAGCGCUGCAUGCAAGUUUUGACAAGCAAACAAAGUUUCUCAUGUAUAUUUUUGGAUAUUUGAGAGCACCAAGACCAGACUCAAACAGGACACAAUUCUGCAGCCCUGCGUCUUCUGAAUUUCUAAUUAUUCAUGUAAUAUCCAAAUACAAAAGUAGGCUCCAUUGAAGUCAGUGAGAUUACUCACAUGAGUAUAGCCUGUAAGCUUAGGCCUAUGAAAUUUUACAGAAAGAUUUAAAUAAAAUAAAUGAAAAUGUUAAAUAGAUUUUAAUAUGUCCAUUUGUGGAAAAAAAUCAUCGCCUGAUUAAAACUAGAUUAAAAUAAUUAGCUAAUCAAUAUUAGUGAAUAACCUUAACAUGACCAUGCACAUUUACAUUUUGCUUUAUAAAAUAUUUAAAAGGUAUUUAGAAAGACAGCUUACAACUUCAUUCAUUCUUUCUGCAGUUUUUAAGUUUUACUUACCAAGGCUCAGUAAUACAGAGUACAUUUUGUGUACUAAAUCCUCCUUUCAACCUCAAUGUACUAAGAAAGAGUAACUCUAAAAUAGACUAGAGCUUCUGGGUUUAAAUUUAACACUAUUUAAGGAAAGCAAACCUUUGCUAGGGGAUAUAACUGUUAACAUUGUGAUUUUUUCAAGCCUAAGGUUUCUAAUGGGGUUUGACUGUUCCAGAGAUAACAUAUUUUUUCUAGGUAACAUAUUUCAAGUUCGAUUAUGAGCAAAUGUUACAAAAUUUUAGUGUAAUGUGAAAUACUGUAAUGUCAAAUAGCAUUAUUUAUCUGCUUAAUAUGACUAAAAACAUUAAUUGCUGGGAGCCAUAAUUCAUCCCAGCAACAUGAAAAUCCA